UGGAGAUCCCUGCCUACUUGAGGCUUUCUGAAGAGCCUGUGUUACAAUACAGUCACCUAUACUAGAGAGGAUGUGGGCUUGACUGCUCUGUAACAAAAAUGGGCGCUUCCAUCCUGCAGAUAGAAAACCCAGCUUACCUUGAAGGACUCUCUAGAUGCCAUUCUUUCAGCUCAGUCAGACCGGCUGUCACCUCUAUCUCCUCUUCAGGCCACCAGCUGUGGACAUUAGAGGUGCCAAUCUUUUCAAUUCUACUUGCUAACACAGAGUGGCUCUCUGUGCUAUGGAGAAGCACCAUAACAGGGAGGGCACCUGCUCUGAGGGCUCUGGGAUGAGGUAACGUUGCUCCCCUGUGCUGUGGUGACUGUGAGAGAGCUGUGGGCUCCUGACUGGACACCCCAUGGGGAGAAAACUUCAGGCUGAGGAGGACAGCUUUCAGCUUUGCUUCCUCCAGGAGAUGGAUUCAAACUGUUUAUCUUCAUACACUUUGAGGUUUGUGAAGAACUUUGGAAACGACUGUUCCAGCGCUUUCAAAGCACAGGCCUGUGCUCUACUUAAGACAACCUCCCAGGCAGAACCGCGCAGCGCUGGCACAGAGGUCACAGAACGGUUCGUUUGUUUAGCGUUGCAUUUAACAUCAGCAUCCCCGGAUUGCCGUUCCAACUUUGCACUUCAACUUUUGGUAACUCGGGACGGGACCGCCCGAGCCCUCCGGCCUCACCAGGCAGCACCCGUGCGGGAGGUUCGCCGGGCGCCGCCCCCGCUCUGUGAGGGGACGCAGCCGCGGGUCGGACGAGGAGCGGAGCCGGCCGCUGCCCCUCAGCGCUCCGCUCAGAGGCGGGCUGGGGGCGGGAAGGGGCGGCGCGCGGCCGGCCCCGCUGCUGCGCGGGGAGGGCGCGGCGGAGCGGCGGGCGCCGAGCUUUAAAUGAACAUUACUAUCGCUCGGGGUGGGCAGCGCCGGUGGCUCGGGCCGAUUGGCGGCGUUAGCGGCGGCGGCAGCUCGCUCUCCUCUUCUUCCUCCGCCUCCGCGGCAGGUAGGCUGUGCGCGCUGCGUGAGAACUUCCAGCCGUCCCCGCGCCCGGUUCCGCGGCCGCACGCUGGGCGAGGCGAGCCUCGGUGGGAUGCAGCGGUGUGCAGCGAAGCCCCGCGCCCUUCCCCGGCCGGGUUGCGAGCAGGAGGGCUGCAGGCAGGUGGGCGGCUGCUGCCGCCGCCCCGGGGGACGCGGCCGCCCUGGCGAGGCGGGAAGCUGCGGGCGCGAGGCGCGGAGCCGAUCCCGCGGGCAGCGCUGCGCUCCGCCUGUUGCCGCUGCGCUGGCGGCGUUCGGGCGCUUCGUGCCUUUGCGACCUUGCCGGGGCCGUUACGGCUUCAUACUGACGUGUUCGUGUGCGCGCUGCCGCCGCGGUCAGAAAGGCAGAGCGGGGGUCGGGGCUCUGUGAGGAGCUUUUGCGCGCAGAACGCGGAGCCCUCGUUUCGCCGGAGAUCUGAACCUCAGCCUAAUAAAAGUUAUUUCCAGGAGGUGGAGUGUUUUAUUUUAUUUCGUUUGAUAUUUAAUGUUGCCUUGCUCUCCGUCUGUAACACAGCCCUGGAUUUGCAGAGACGAAGUGCCGGUCUGGCACCGUGUUUCUGGCUUGUUGGAAAUGGAUUUGAAGACCUAGUUACGAUUUCAGUGCACGUAUUAUCUUUGCUCAGUUGCUUUAGAACUCGGUUCGACUGUAUUUUCAACGGAGAUGAGUGAACUUUAAAGAAAAUGAGGUCAGGCAUAGAUUGCGGGCAUCAAACCCCUUUCAGGUCCCAGAAGUAGCGUGACCCGCUCCGCUCUGCGCCUCACGGGUCUCUGCUUUGUAUUUCUCACUGCGA